AUGGAAAAAACACCGACUUUAGUUGUUUCCAGCCCCAAUAUUAAAUAUACUGAUGAGUAUAUUUAUUCGGACUACGAAUAUGAGGAAACUCUGGUGACUAGGAACGGGGAGGAGAUUACGGCACGACCAAUCCGCAAAACGCUGGGCAUCCGCACAGACCGGCGCGUGGGCAAAGUGGGAGUGAUGCUGGUGGGCUGGGGCGGGAACAACGGGUCCACGUUCACAGCCGCAGUGCUGGCCAACCGCCACCAACUCUCGUGGAACACCAAGAAUGGGAAGAUGGACUCGAACUGGUGGGGUUCAAUCACACAGGCUUCGACAGUGCGUCUGGGCAUCGACGAGAAAGGAUGCGACGUGCACGUGCCCAUGUGUCAGUUACUACCCAUGGUGCACCCCGACGAUUUGGUGAUUGACGGUUGGGACAUAAGUCCGAUGAACUUGGCUGAGUCUAUGGUACGUGCCAAGGUCAUAGACUAUGACCUGCAGCAGAAGUUGAAGAAGGAGAUGGCGUCGAUGAAACCACGACCAGCUAUUUACGAUCCUGACUUCAUUGCUGCUAACCAGGCUGACCGCGCCACCAACCUGAUUCGUGGCACCAAGUACGAGCAGUACCUGCAAGUACGCGCUGACAUCAAGGACUUCCGCGACAAGAACAAGCUGGACAAGAUCAUUGUUUUGUGGACUGCUAACACUGAACGUUUCUGUGAGGUGCGGGAGGGAGUGCACGACACCUCCGAGAACAUCGAGCGCGCCCUUCGCGACAACAACUCUGAGAUCUCUCCCUCCACCAUAUUCGCACUCGCUGCUAUUGAUGAGAAUUGCAUAUACAUAAACGGGUCGCCUCAGAACACGUUGGUAGGAGGCGUGGUGGAGCGCGCGGAGAUGCGCGGAGUGUUCGUCGCGGGAGACGACUUCAAGUCCGGACAGACCAAACUCAAGUCUGUGCUUGUUGACUUCCUCGUCUCUGCUGGACUGAAACCAGUGUCAAUUGUCAGCUACAACCACCUGGGUAACAAUGAUGGCAAGAACCUCUCCGCACCUAAACAGUUCCGCUCAAAGGAGAUAACCAAGAGCAACGUGGUUGACGACAUGGUGGAGUCCAACCAAGUUCUGUACAAACCCGGUGAGAAGCCAGACCACGUCGUCGUCAUCAAAUAUGUACCCUAUGUCGGUGACUCGAAGCGCGCCAUGGACGAGUACACGUCGGAGAUCCUCCUGCACGGCACCAACACCAUCGUGGUCCACAACACGUGCGAGGACUCUCUGCUGGCCGUCCCACUCAUACUGGACCUCGUGCUACUCGCUGACCUGUUCUCACGGCUCGCAUUCCGAGAGACUGAUAAUUCAUACGUCCGGUUGCAUGCAGUACUGUCCCCGCUGGCGUACUUGCUGAAGGCGCCGCUGGUGGCGAGCGGCGCGCCCGUCGUCAACGCGCUGUUCAAACAACGCGCCAACAUCGACAACUUACUGAGGGCCGCCCUCGCCCUGCCGCCCAACAAUAACCUCGGACUUGAACAUAAGGUACCAUUCCUGAUGAAGGAACUCCACAGUGGCGCCCUCUUCAACUCGCCACCAAACAAGAAGCAAAAACUUACGCACGCAAAUGGUGAUCAGUGA